AUGAUUAAACAAGUACCUCAAGAAAUUGGUAAGUAUUAACACAAACCUUAAAAUUAACCCAAUGCUCAAGCAAAGAACAAACAAGGUCUAAAGUAAUUUAAAAACACGACUUAAUAAUAAUAAUAAACUUUGCACAAAUAAUAAGCACUGAGAUACUUCAAUUAAUAAACAUUUUUAAUAAUGGAAUUAAGAUUGGUUUGCAGAUCAUUUAACAAAUUAUUUCUAUGUUGUGCUCCUAAUUUAUUGGAUUAUAUAGAUUAAAAAGAUUUUGAGCAAUAGAAAAAUUAAAACCAGAAUCAAUAACGUUUAGUUUUUCCAAAAUUAAUAGAUGUGAACAUAACAACAAUACGAGAGAAUUUAGAGAGUAAAGCAAUGUAUGCUUAUGUUGAAAAAUUGCUUAAGGAUAAUCUUUUUAGUGUGGAGUUAAUUUUUGAUAUUAUAACUUGGGAUUUACCACCUUGGAGAAAAGCCAAAUUCACCUUUCCUUUAAAAGUAAAAACAAUAUUAGAGAAGUAUGAUUUCAAUCUUUAUAAUCUGAAUGAUCAGCAAAUACAAAUGAUUAAUUAAAGGCAGAAUCACAAAUUUACACCUAAUAUGUUAUAUAAUGAUGACUAUGAAGAUAUUGUACAAUAUGUUAAGAAUUUAAUGCAGGUGGCUGCUUUCGAAGAUUAUAAGUAUUUCUGUGACUGGUAUGAGAUUGAAAAAGAAAAUGAAUAAAUGUAAAAAUUAAGACAGUUACUGAGAAGUAAUAGUUUACAGUAAAAGUGA